AUGUUUCCACCGGUCGUCCAUCUGAUUUCUGCCGUGCCUCUUUUUAGAAAUCUUAGCAGCUCCACAAUAGCCGGGGUAGCGUCGAAGAGCAGCAGCAUGUUCUGCGACUGCUUGCAGCAGUUAUGGCUGUUGACGCGUAAGAAUUUGAUUCUAACUAAGAGAAACAAGGUGUGGACGCUAUUCGAGCUGAUACUGCCCAUUUUAUUCACUCUUCCCAUCAUAAUUUUGAUAGUGCGGAGUGGAAGUAUCCAACUAUCUCCGGGAAAGACAUUCACAGCAGUGCCACUAGAUGGUGGUGCAGCUGACGUUACCCGAGCAGUGGGCUUUGUGGCCGCUAUAAAAACACGGUGGUGUAAUCGUCGUGACGUCUCCUUGGGCUACUAUGCACGAGAAGAAUCGAUUGAAGCCGCGAAUAAACUGAUGGAUAAACUGGCUGCUCGAUUUACGACGACAGUAUUUACACUAAACGUUGUAAAAUUUGGUAGUGAGGACAGUCUGCUUGAUCAGCUGCGUGUGGACGCACCAAACAACACUUAUUACGGCUGUGCCAUCCACAAAUUUGCUGGAGGAGUGAUCUUCGACCAUUUUAAUGUUACCGAGAACAAACUGGACUACCGCAUUCUGAUUCCAUCACCACUCACUGAGGAAGUGUGGGAACUGGGGAAGGAAUGGAAUGACCCGUUCGGAGCGAACAACGAUUUCAACAAAAUUCCCGCCAGACCUCCAUACUGGUCAUCAGCAUUUUUGUCAUUUCAGUAUGCAAUCGACAGUUUAUUCAUUGAAGCCUCCUCCUCUAAGGCUAUUCUGCAAACGGAGCUACGUUUACGACGUAUGCCGGAAGCGGCUUAUAAUGUGAACAGCGUUUCCGCUUUCCUGGGAAUGUCAUCCUAUGCAUGGGGCCUCUGUGCCUUUGUCCUCGUAAUCCACACCGCUAGAGAGAUCUCCAGCGAGAGGAGCACUGUGAAGGAGUUUUUAUCCGUAAUGGGCUUGUCGACACCAGUAUUCUACCUGUCGCAUGUUCUCUACGCGUCAUUGAAAUGCCUCAUUGUUCUGGUCGUUUGCUCGGUGCCAUUAAGCACAAAGAUUGCGCCGGUUAGUGUGUCGUUAUUCCUUUGCAUAAUGAUGUUGUAUGGAAUAUGUGCAGUUCUAUUUGCCGCACUGAUAUCAUCGUUCUUCAAAGCGCCGAAUACUGUUCUAAAAGUGGUUAUCGUUGUAUGGGUCUUACUGGUAGCAGCACCCUUGAAAGCUCCAGCAGUAGAUCAGAUCUUCUCUUGCGUUCUUUACUCGCUGAAUCCCAACGCUGCCUUGUCAUAUGCGCUCAAAUCGAUCGGCGAUUACAUGAAUCGAGGAAGAGAAUUAUCAUGGUGGAAUAUGUUUGAAGACGGUUCUUUUCAUUUCACUAUUGGAGCCGCUUUGAUGAUGCUGCUCUUCGAUAUUCUGUGGUUAAGUGCUGCAGUAUUAUUGUUCGACUUCCUGUCCAGCGAUGCAGAUUUUUCUUUCUUUAAGUUGCCGUUCAGUAGUCAUUAUCUCGGCGCUUCCGGAACUCGCCUAGAUGAUGUAGAAGGAAACACUGAAACUGAUGAGGGACUGCUACGGACACGAGCUGGUAUUUCAGUGCAUCGUUUGAUAAAAGUGUGGUCAUCAACUGGCGAACGAGCAGUAGACGAGAUGUCCUUGGAAGCAUAUGUGGGACAGGUCACUGUGCUAUUGGGUCACAAUGGUGCUGGUAAAAGUACAACAUUUUCGGUCAUUUCCGGUAUAACGGCGCCAACAUCGGGAUCCGUUUCCAUCUACGACCUCGAUAUUAGAAAGCAACGAUCCGCAUGCAGGAAACGCAUUGGGUUAUGCCCACAAUCGAACGCUAUAUUUGAUCGACUAACAGUUGAUGAACACCUUUGGUUUAUCCAUGGUUUGAAGGGUGGAAACGGCUCGUACAAAAAUGAGGCCCAUAGAUUACUAAGUCAACUAAAACUGGAAGAAAAGGCAGAUGAGCUAGCGAUGAAUCUUUCUGGCGGUCAAAAGCGAAAGCUUUGCGUUUCGAUGGCAGUGAUUGCAAAUAGUUCUGUGGUAUUGCUCGACGAGCCAACGGCAGGCAUGGAUCCUGGAGCUCGUCGAGAUGUGGAGACACUGCUGGAGAGUAUCAAAGUCGAUCGAACGGUAUUGCUUACUACUCAUUAUAUGGAUGAAGCCGAGUUGCUCGGAGACCGAGUCGCUAUCAUGGCCAAAGGACGAGUUUAUUGUUGCGGAACUCCGCAGUUCCUCAAAAAGAGAUUUGGCACUGGUUACGUGAUGACAGUGGUAGUUGCUGAGAAUGCUAGCACCCAAGAUACCGCAUCCAGAAUAGCACACGUUGCCUCCCAGUAUGUCAACAACGCGUCAAGAGGAAAUGUCCAUGGGAAACAGCUGGAGAUCAUCCUCCCAAAAGAACAUCAGAAGAACUUCCCUCAGCUGUUCGAACAUUUGGAAAAUUCUAAAGAAGAGCUAAAAAUCAGCAGUUUCGGACUGUCGUUGAAUACUUUGGAGCAGGUUUUUCUCACAGUGGCUGAACAAACUGAUCCUACGGCUAUGAUGGAUUUCGUGGAUGCAAGCAUCAGUCGUAGUGAGGAACUGAUUCAAGCUCAAAGAGAAGAUCGUCUUGAAGGAUGUUCAUUGCUGUUUGCUCAAGUACGGGCUCUGUUCACUAAACGCAUCCUGUAUUCCAUCAGGAAUUGGCCGCAAAUACUUACACAGCUCGUUGUUCCGAUUGGAAUCCUCGUACUCAUCGCCUACACUUCCGGUAUGACCAGGAAAUUUAACGCUGAUCAAGUGCGAGAAUUUUCACUCGAAUCCUUUGGACCUUCUCGAAUUCCAGUGAAAAUCGUGAAAAGCUCUCCGAUUUCGGAUGCCUAUUUAAAUAUCACUUCGAUUGGACCGGAAACAAAGAUCACUCAACUAGACGCUAAUGCAAACCUCACUACAUGGGUGGAAAAGUUGCCAAAACAACUACCAGCACCUGGGUUGGGUGCAGUGUUCGAGGAAUCGUGGACAGAAGUGCUUUUCAACAGCCGAGCCUUACACUCUCUGCCAAGUUCUCUCAACUUGCUCGACAACGCACGAUUGAAGGCUGAGGGUUCAGCGGCGAACAACGGUGUAAUCCGUACUCGUUUGCAUGCCUACACUCCACCUGUCACAGCAUCAGGCAGCUCGCGAUAUGUUGCCGUUGGGAUAAUAGAUUCGGUGAUAGGCCCGAUCCUAGUGCUCGCACUAGCGCUGUUAACGUCAACUUUCGUAAUGUUCCUUGUGGAAGAACGAGUGAGCAAGUUCGCGCAUCAGCAAUCAUUAACCGGAAUCUCGCCUGUGACAUUUUGGGCUGCUUCGUUUCUCUACGAUUUGCUUCUUUAUUUGUUUGCGUGUGCCUGUUUCUUAGCGAUUUUCUACUUCUCCGGCUGGAUGCGAGGAUAUCUGCACUUCAUCGUUCUUCUCUUUGCGCUGUACUUCUGGUCGUGUGUUCCAUUCGUUUACGCAGUCUCCUUCAUGUUUUCGUCUCCUUCAAAGGCAAAUGUACUGUUGAUCCUCUGGCAGCUGGUUGCCGCUUUUGCUGCAAUGAUGGUCUUAUUCGUAAUUAGCCUUGCUGGAACAGUUGAUCCAUCCUUACUUGAGAUCAUUAGGUCAGUUCUACUGUGCUUCUUGCCUUCCUUCGCCGUUGGAAAUGCUGUUAUGACUGUAGGCCAAUCUUCGGCGGGGGGGACCCCUGCGGAAAUGUUAUGGCAAUGGAAUAUGCUUGGGAAAAAUAUGACGUUUAUGCUGAUAUUUGGUUGUUUCUCCUCGCUUCUCUUUAUUUUGUUCCAGUUCAAAGUCAUUAGAUAUCGUUGGCAUCAAAUUUGGGACCUCCGAUACGGACGCAGGAACUAUACCAAGGUUGGUAACGAUGAAGAAGACAGCGCGGUGACAGAGGAACGUACAUACGUGAACGAGUCUGGCGAUGAUAUGGCUCUGGAAGUUAAGAAUUUGUGCAAGAUGUACGGAAGGCUGAGAGCUCUUGACAGACUGACCAUGGGAGUACGAAAUCGAGAGUGUUUUGGUCUACUGGGAGUAAACGGUGCAGGAAAGACAACUACCUUUGAUAUCCUAACCGGACAGUCGUUCGCCACCUUCGGAUCUGCUCGUAUUGACAAAAGGGACGUAACUGAACAGAUUCCGAUUGGGUACUGUCCACAGUUCGAUGCAUUAAUGUUGGAUUUGACCGGAAGGGAAAGUCUGGAGAUACUAGCUCGUAUGCACGGAUUCCCCAAACCUAACGAACUAGCUGAGUUGGUGCUUCAUGCUGUUGGCAUGGUUGAUCAUGCAGAUAAACUGACUCGUUACUAUAGUGGAGGACAACGACGUAAGAUAAGCGUUGGACUUGCUUUACUGGCGCCCACAAAAAUCAUCAUUUUGGAUGAACCAACAGCUGGUAUUGAUCCUAAGGCAAGGCGUGAAAUUUGGGAGGUGCUGUCAAUGAUGCGUGACAACUCAGAAUCAGCUUUACUGCUAACCUCUCACAGUAUGGACGAAUGCGAGGCGUUGUGUAGCCGAAUCGCUAUCCUACAAAAGGGCCGAAUGAUUGCAAUAGGCACGAGUCAGCAGCUCAAGUCAAGAUUCGGUAACAGUUACACGAUCUCAAUGGUCGCACCACGACUAGAAGUUCGUGACGACGUCAUCGAGGGUGUACGAAGGGCAUUUCCAAGGGCAAUCUUGAAAACCCCGAAAGAAAGUCUAACGCUAAGCUUAAAGUGGCAGAUUCCAAAAGGACCUACGGAUCGAUGGUCGUCGCUGUUCCGAGAUGUCCAGUCACUAGCCUCCUCUCUAGGUGUAGUUGAUUUCUGCGUAACACAGUCAUCUUUGGAAGAGACGUUCCUACGACUCUCAUUAGAGAACGAUGAGAACCCUUGUCUACAUGUAUCACCUCGAUGA